CUACGCCUACAAACAUUGAAUGUAUAAACUCUCAAUCCCAAACUUCUUUUGACCUACAAGUAACCUGGAAGUUACAUUUAUUUCCAAUUCAGCAACUCCUAUCGAAGUCAUGUCGAGCUACAAGAUUCUGCGUACAGCUCUACGAGCUCGGGCUACUCCCCAUCUCACAUCCACCACAUCCACCACCGUCCGUCUUGCUGCUAGCAGGCAGGUCCACCAGUCAUCUGCAUUGCGCGCGCCCUACAAAGAUGACAUGGACCGUGAAUCACUUAAGCCCAAAUCGCACGAGUACACUCAGGGCGGGACAGACGAAGAUGUCGCCACGAAGCAAGACGCCGCUUUCAAUCCUAACAAGACGGACCCUGACACCGAAAAGAAGGCUGCUGCGGAGGAGAGCAACGGCAACCCUCUAGAAGAGAGCCCCGCAAAUAAAGACUUCGCCGAAGCGAGCAGAGGCAAAGAGGAGGACAAGAGGACUGGUGGGCAGAAGAAGAAGGCUAGUGGUGGUGGCAAUGCGCCCAAGAACAGCAAAUUGGCUUAAGUACGGGUGCCGAGCUCGGGAGCUCAGGUUCUCCUGAAGCUGUACAUAUUCGCAUUCAGAUCAGGAGUUUAGGCGUCUGACCAUCCAUUGUCAUCAACGUAUCGCACGAGCUCUAUAAUGCG